AUGAGAAUGGAAAAUUUAUUAACUGAAAAAUCUGGACACCAUCAAUUAUUGAUGAGUUCUCUCAAGGAAUUGCUAACGUUUCAGGGUUAGAGCUCGAGACUCACAAUAUAAAUAAGGAUUUUGGAGAAUCUUGAAUUUGAAUUGAUUUUAAUUUAUACCAAAAGAAAUAAGAAUAUAAUAUAUAUAAAGUACAAAUUCUUAUUUAAUUAGUUAGUUUCAAGCAAUGUUGUGAUUAAUGUAAUACUUUAAUUGGUCUUAGUGAGAGAGAGAAAUCCUAGAAUUAUAUUUAUGAUAUUCUAAUUAAUUAUUUCUGUGGUUUCAAAUAAUUCAACUGGAUGUCUCCUUUGGAUGAAGGAAGGAGUAUCUUGCAUAUCCUAUUUGUUUGUUGA